AUGCCUAAUUUGCUAUAUUUCGUUAUUGCCGUGCUGCUCGUUUUCUUGGCCGCCCAUAUCUAUCGGAAGCGCGGGAUUUUUUGGAUUCGGGUCUCACCUCCUUGGUGUAUGGAUUACAUAGUGCCGCCGCCGGACUGCAUAUGUUUCACAUCUAUAUGCCUCCGCCCUACUGUAUCGAUUACACGGACCCGCCGCCUGAUUGUAUCUAUUAAAGAUCCCGUUCUGCUCUCCUUGAAAAGACAAGGUGUAUAUUUGUACCUAUCUGUAUAUAACGUCAACGAACGCAAUCUUUCCUCUGCACAAAGGCUUGCGGCCGGCACCUCCUUUGCUCUCACCACUGCCACGACAAUGACUGUCUCGAACAUUGCUGUUACGGAUGAAGAGGUCGAUGCGGAGUACAAGGCCUAUCAAUUCAAAAUGGGCUAUGUGCAAAAUGCGCCGGCGACUGACGCACAGAAAGACGAAUUAAAACAAGUGGCAACCGCAGCCCUGUAUGCGGCUGUUCAUGUGCAAGCAAGACGGCGUCUUGAAGAGCUUCUUGCCGGAAGAAUUGCCAUCGGUCAGAGGUUGGAAGCCAACGACGAUCAGGUUGCUGCCAGACCCCCAACGAUUGAGGUCGGGAUGAAACAGCUGUUCAACAUUGAUGACCAGGGAAUAACCCAAUUCAAAGAAGAUAUCCUGGACCACCUGUGCGCACAAAUCGGGGAUAAGAAGGUCGCGAUCAUCUCCACCGCGGGGAAAUUCCGACAGGGAAAGACGUUCUGGAACAACGUCUUGCUGAGGGGGCUCCAGACCGGCGGAAAACCUUCUUUCAAGCCGGACGAGUAUAUCGGAGGAACGAACGGAGUUCGCUUCAUGGGUGGUCUGGUGAGAGACACUCAGGGCAUCAUGGUUUGGCCCGAAGUCUUCUUUCGAAAAACACAAUCUGGGGAAGAAAUAGCCGUUCUUCUCAUUGACACCCAGGGUACGUUCGAUACCCGAAGCAACAUCUCCGACUCGGCCGUAAUCUUUGCGAUUUCGCUGCUGAUGUCCUCGCUGAAGAUCUUCAACACGAGGCGUCAAAUCGAUGCUCAGGAUCUGGAUGCUCUAAACGUCUUCAUCAGUUACAGUCAACGCAUUGACGAGCGGGUGGGACAGCAAUUUUUGAUUAUGGUGAGGGACGCUUUGGAAAGUGGACACGACAAGGGGCAGGAAUAUCUGGAAAUGCUGAAGGUGCAAACAAGAAAUGCCCAAAAACUACACGAGCUGCUGACCGGCGUAAUUGAGGCCUUCGAAACAACCGACUGCUGGAUGAUACCCACGCCAUCCGACCUUGUUCAACGGGCCAGCCAUGCAAUUCUCGCAGGCGAUUGCGGAACGGAGUUCCUCGAAGAGUUGUGCAAAUGUGCGGAUCAUUUGCUGAACAAUCUAGAGCCAAAAACGGUGUUAGGUACACCACUCACUGGCGAUACCCUGCGUCAGCACGUCGAGAAUCUCGUCACCCACGUCAAAGAUGGGCAUCAUAAGGCGAUUGGCUCGGCCUUUUCGGCGACUUCCCAGCUUUACUUCGAGAAAGCCAGGUCGGCGGGUAACGACUAUUUCGAGACCGAACACGCCAAGCUCACCGCCGAACGAAAGCACCGGCCGAUACGUCCGGCUGAAUAUGAAGCGGAACUUCAGAAAAUGUGUGCCGGAGCCGAAGAGGCCUACAAAGCCUGUCCGUUGUUUGGUAGCCCUGAAACGAAGACCAAACAUUCCGAAGAAUUCCUUCGUGCGCUUGAGGAACGUUGCAAGGCUAAAGUGGAAAGCAACCGCGAGCGCUACCUCGACGGAACGUUAGCGGAGGCGGUUAGCUCCGGACAAGAGUCGUAUGAGAGGGAAAUGCGGCCUACCAUUGAAGAUCGGCUGGGAGGCGGCCCGAAGAGCACUCUAGUGGUGAAAAAACAUGCUACAGCAGAAGCGAACGCACUCGAUUUGUUUGAGAAACAAACCAACGAGUUUAACGAUAAAACGGCGGCCGUCAGCUACAAGCGCCAGGUGUUGCAGACAUGGAUCAAGAUACGCUUCGAGGAUAUCCAGGGGGACAACGCCAGCCACGAUGCCCAACUACUGGUAGCCAAAAUGUUCGAGGAUCUCCUUUCCCAUUAUUCUGCACAGCUAAGGGCGAAAGAAGGAGAGGUCAGAACUGCAGAUGAUGUUGACCGCAUCAUCAACAUUAUGCAGGACUUUCUGAAGGAGUCUUACAAAGUGCACAAGGCAAAAGCCCUAACCGAGGUGAAGGCUCUCCUAAAGAAGGCUGACAUGGCAAUGUUGAGCGCAAUGGUCGACAACUACUAUGAAACAAUCAGCGCCCGCUUUAAGAGAUGCGAGGAAGAUUUUGGCUCGAAUGCUCGUACCAAUGUGCGUUUUGAAGAGAUGAAAAAGAAAGCCCGGGCACACGAGAAGCAGCAGGAGAAAUACCGACAGGAGACAGCUGCGAAAAUCGCGGAAUAUGAGCAGAAGCAGCACGAGCUGCAGAAAAAGCUAGAAGAGGAGCACGCGAAUCACAUGGCGCAGUUGUUCGAAAAAAUGGCCGAGGCAGCCGAGCAGAGGGAGCAGGCUGCUGAAGAAGCAUCACAGCAACGUGAUCGUCGGUACGAAUUAGAACUGGAAAUGGCAAAGCUGAGAAUGGAACACGAACACGAGCUGGCUUUGGCGGCACGGCGGGAUCAACAGUUAAAAAGAGGAGCAGCAGCUGGAGCAAAAGAGGCAGCAGGAUGCUCAGAGAAAGGUACGCGA